GUGACGUAGAAAAAUGGCGGCGCAGGGCGCGCUCCCGAGCUGGCGGCGGCGCGCGCGUUCACGCGGAGAUUCUGAGAGCUGCGUAACAUGCGCGCGGGGGGGAAUCGAGCUUGCGAACACCUCCUUUAGACCCCAUACAUGUUCCGUUUUCAGUCCUUUGAUGAUGACUGCACCCUGGAGGAGGAGGAGGAGGGUCUGGUAGGGGAAGAAGAGGAAAUCGACCAGUUCAACGAUGACACGUUUGGUGCCGGAGCCAUCGAUGAUGACUGGCAGGAGGAGCAUGCACGCCUGGCCGAGCUGGAUGAGAGAGACGGGUUAUUGGGAGGAGGCGACGCGUCGUCCGUGGUCCCUCCUCCGCCCGAGAGCGUCCCUCUCCCGUCUUCUCUUCCCCCUCUCCCGUCUUCUCUUCCCCCUCCUUCCACGUCCUCCCUCUCUCUGCUCGGCUCUGAGGACAAGGCCGGGGGAGAUUUGGCCGAGUCUUUGGCUCACCUCAUCCUCGACUCGGAUCCUGCCAUCGCAGAGGUGGGUGCGGCCGAGCUGGACAGAUCCCACCUUCCCCCGUCAGCACUGACCAAUCAGGCUUUACCUGCGGGUUUGAGUGGCAUGUCCCACUCGCUGCUCAGCUACCAGCAACAACAACACCUCCUGCACAGAGGGACAGUGCCACUGCAGCAGAUGAACUCGCACAGUAUUUGGGAGAACAACAUAGGCUUUGGUCCUGUUAGUGUUACACAUGGACUCGUCACGCACAUGGAGGAUUCUCCUUUAAUGUCCAUGAUGAAAGAACUUCCAAAACGGACUCCUCCAAUUAGCAGGGAGGAGGGGCGUGUGUCUGAAAGAGUCCCGCCCCCUCGUUCCUCCUCACCCGUAAUUGGAAGUCCUCCUGUCCGAGCGAUACCGAUCGGAACUCCGCCCAAACAGCCCAUGAGCCACGCCCUGAAUCAGCAGAUUCACCAUCCGACUGCGGUGCAUGUCAGAGCUCCAGUUCCUCACCGUUUCCCUCCUCCCUUCCCCGAGCGCCUCUCACCCAACACCCUGCUGAACAUGGCUAACUCUCCUCUGUGUCGUCCUCCGUUCCCGGCUGGAGUCGCUCCUGUCCUCUCUCAGAUACAGCGAGCACAACUGCUCAACUCUCAGGUGGGUCCAUUUUCCCGUGGUCCUGCUCCUCCCAUGCUGCCUGGUGCUGCUGGAGGCUUUAGGCCUUACUUUGGGCAGCCGCCUCCUAGAGUGGGUCUUCACGGCCCUCACGGCCCUCAUCCUAACCACGCCCCUCCACCUAUCCGCCACAACACCACCCACCUCCACCCCCAGCACCGCAGGAUGCUCACGCAGAGGAUGCAGAGCAGAGGUGGUGCGAGAGUUGGAGGAGGAGGGGACAGGAGGAUCAGGGACCCCUACAGUAAUCUGAUGACUCAGAAGGAGAAGGAAUGGGUGGCUCGCAUUCAGAUGAUGCAGCUGCAGAGCACUGAUCCUUACCUGGACGACUACUACUACCAGAAUUAUUAUGAAAAGAUGGAGAAACGUCAGGAGCGAGAUCGAGACAGCAGCAGGAAGGAGCAUGCCACCAAACUCAUCACUCCUCAGGUGGCCAAGAUUGAGCACACCUACCGCCCAGUGCAGUUCGCCGGUUCUCUGGGUAAGCUCACCGUGUCCAGUGUGAACAAUCCGAGGAAGAUGAUAGACGCCGUGGUGACGAGUCGCACCGAUGACGAGGAGAAGAGAGAGAAGCAGGUGUGGAAUAAGAGACGGCAGAUCCUCUACACUGUGGAGAAGAUGUACAGUCUGCUUCUGGAGGUUCAGGACUUCGAGAAGAAGUUUCUUCAAACCCCAGAAGAGGAAAGAGAAGCUCUGCUGGAGCAGCACAAAACCAACAUGCUGCAGCUCUACAACUCGCUGCGAGAGAAGGAGUGGGACAACAGAGUGAAUGAUGAGCAGUGCUUGAUGAUCAUGUCUGUGCGUAAAGGAAAACGCCUCAUCGCUAGGCUCCUCCCCUUCCUGCCUUCAUCCCAAGCUGCUGUGGUCGUCAUGGGAAUCGCUCGCAAUCUUCCUGCUCUGGCCAAGAAGGACAAGCAUGAUCAGGUGCUGUGCUGGUUGGUGGAGCCGGUUGCAGGUGUGAUCCAUUCCAUGUCGAGCUCCGCCCUCACUGACCUGCUGCAGGAGCUGCAGGGGAGCGACGGCCACUUUCCCCGCGUGCUGCAAAACAAAUUUGGUGUGACGCUGCUUUACCUGAUCCUGAGCGAGGGAGAGAGAAUGCAGAGCUCCGAUCCCAACUGUCAGCUCAUGGAUGAUAACCGCUGGACGGAGUUGGUGUUCUCAAUAACGAGGGAGCUGCUCCAGGUUCCCUCCUCCUCCUUGUCUCCUCCUCUCUUCACCCCGCCCAACCUCCUCUCUCUCUUCUCUCGCUACGUCGACCGCCAGAGGCUCGAGCAGCUGCAGGAGAAACUACAGAUCACUGCCUUGUCCAGGUAGAAGUUACUUCAAUCAUCGUGUCGCUGUCCACAGAAUGUGUGUGUGUGUGUGUGUGUGUGUGUGUGUGUGUGUGUGUGUGUGUGAGAGAGAGAAUAUAUAGGGCUCAUAAUUAUUUUAAUCCAUCAUAAAACUGUCUGUGUUUUUUUUUUUUUUCCUAUUUUUCCAGGUAGGGGUGGGUGUGUGUGUGUGUGUGUGUGUGACUGCGUCUAAUGAAGGCAGAGAUGAAUUAUCUGCAUUUUUAAAUAUGUUGUUGACAUGAAGCCUGUGAUAAAACCUGAAAUUAAAAGUAUUUCUAUUGUAUAAA